CUCCAUUGCUGUCGAAUAUUAUUCUGGUCUGGAAUACCUUUAGCUUUCGACAAUGGCGGACCAGGAUCUUUCCCUCUCAACCACAGCACCUCCGGCAAGACCUUCGGCCAAAUUCUAUCCCUUCGCGACCUCACCGGACAUUAUCCGUUCACAUGAGAAAGAUGCGUUCCUCACGGCCAAUUUGGCCAACGAAGCCCAGUCUAUCAUCCGGACACUUCGAGGCGCCCGGUACGCGCAUACCUAUUCAGAAGCGAUCAAGCAUCUGACGGAGCUCCUAUACUUUUCGCUCACGACACUCACUGGAAACCGAACGCUAGGAGAAGAGUAUUGUGACCUCGUUCAGUUAGAAGAUGACACACUACGACUACCAUCAAUUGGAAGACGUGUCGGAUAUAUCCUCAGCAGCAUAAUGGUACCAUGGACACUUCAGCGAAUCCUUCCUGGCUUCCGGCAACGUCUCCGCGCCAAACUGGAGCGCAGCAUUGCCAGGCAACAAUUGAAGGCACAGCAGGCGAAGGAUUCGAACAAAACUCCGUUAAAGAACAAGUCGAAACAGCCCCCUUUCUUUACGAAACUACGAAUUCAGAAAUACAUUCUAGAGCAUCUAGAUUCGAUCACUUCUCUGUCGCCAAUAUAUGCCCUAAGCAUAGCGACCUUCUACUUCACCGGCUCAUAUUACCAUCUGUCAAAACGUUUCUGGGGACUCCGCUAUGUUUUCACGAAAAAAUUAGAAGAGAACGAACAGCGCGUGGGGUAUGAAGUGUUGGGAGUCUUACUCGUCCUACAAAUAGCAGUUCAGAGUAUUCUUCACGUCAAGAAGGUCAGCCACAGCCUGCAGUCGGAGGACCAAGACGUACACUCCGAAACCUCUGGAUCCAGCAGUAAAGAAGAUACUUUGACCCGCUCGAUCGAACAUCCAGCCUCCCUUCCUGUCCUCCCCGUGUCUACCGCGAGAUAUGACCUCUCGGAAGAUCCGAACGCAAUCCCUUGGAUUCCAGAUGGACAGCAGCGCAAGUGUACACUCUGUCUUGAGUCAUUCAAGGACCCGAGUGUCACUACUUGUGGCCACGUGUUUUGCUGGACAUGCGUGUGUGACUGGGUCCGUGAGAAGCCCGAAUGUCCUCUCUGCCGACAGGAGCUUCUGGCAUCGAAAGUGCUUCCUCUGAGAGGGUGA